GGGAUUUGCAGCUGUUUUCCUUCCAGCCCGGGGCACUGUAUCAGUACCACUACACCCUGGAUGUCCAGCUCCAUCACACGGCCCCACCAGCCCCUGGGGGAGCCUGGCUGCGGGCUCAGGCGUCAGUCCACGUGCACCGGCUCUGGAGGGACCAGGGUGGGGAAGAGCUGCUCCAGGUGCAGAUCCGUGACCUGAAAGCCCAGCACGAGGAGAGGAGCCAGGAUGGCCCUGGAGGUCCCCCUGCAGAGAUUGAACUGAGCCAGGAGGCAAAGGCAGAGCUCCAGAAGCCGGUGUUCAUCUCCUGGAACAGCGGGAAGGUCAAAGCUUUCUAUGGGAAUGAAGCAGAAAGCAUCCUGGUCUCCAACCUGAAGCGAGGCAUCAUCAGUCUGCUCCAGCUCCAGCCCCACGCCGGCACCACAGUGGAGGAGGACGCCUCUGGGAGCUGCCAAGUCACCUAUGCCGUGUCCAACCACUCCAUCACCAAGACCAAAGAUCUCCUCAGCUGCACAAAGCCGAGCUCUGGAUUCACCUCUGUAAACAAAGUUUUUGGAGUCGAGUGGCAGCCCAGCAGCAGAAGCCAGUAUGUGGUGAAAGACAACCUCCUGCAGUCAGCCCUGGCAGAGGAAAGCCAUGUGCUGGCUCCAGCCCUGAGGUCCAGCUCUGGCAUCAAGAUCAGUUCAAGGCAGCAGCUCCAGCUACUGUCUCCUCCAACGCCUGGUCCAGCAGAGGAGUCUGGGCAAAGCCUUGAGGAUGUGCUGGCUGGCACAGAGGGACGGCACCAGCCCCUAGGCAUGGCCAGCCUGCCCUUCAGGAGGGUCUGCACCAACUGCCCGUCGCUGAGAGCCCACCUGAAGGCUUUGGACAGACGGGGAGUCAGAACAGAGCCCUCAAAGGUGGCGACAGCCCGGCAGUUCCAGAGGUUCAUCCGGAUGCUGCGCAGUGCCAAGAAGAGAGAUGUGCUGGAGCUGCUGAGGAGAGCACCUGAGGAGACACGCCCCUUCAUGGUGGAGGCAGCGGUGGCUGCACAGUCAGUGGCUUCCUUGGCAGCUCUCUCAGAAUUCCUGGAUUUCAGCAAGGAGGAGUCCAAGCCCCUCCUGGAGAAGUUCCUCUAUGCAGCAGCUUUCUCACCCCGGCCUUCGGGAGAGCUCCUCCACCUGGUCUUAGACAAGCUGGCUGGGAAGCAACUGGCCCCUGAGACCUGGGAGAUGGGGAUGGUCGCCGUGGGCUCUCUGGUGGGCAAGCUGUGCCAGCAGAAGCUGUGUGGGCUGCAGGAGGUGGAGCGUGGGGUGGAAACCAUCCUCAGGGGGCUGAGCGGUGCCGAGGAGGAGCCUGAGGUGGUCAUUUACCUGCUGGCCCUGGGGAAUGCGAUGCUCCCUGGAACCAUCCCCAUCCUCCUGGAGCACGCUGAGGAAGGUCCUGCUGCUGUCACCACCACGGCCAUCUCCGCCCUGCGGCGAUUCCCCGCUCGGCACAUCUCCAGCAAGGUGAAACGAGCAAUGAGGAGGAUCUUCCACGAGAAGAGGAAGAGCUACGAGAAAACCUGUCGCCUGGCCGCCGCGGAGAUACUCCUGGAUAACCACCCCUCACCCAUGGAUGUCAUCAACAUCCUGCUGGCCACCCAGGAGAUGGAGACAGAGACGGCAAAAUUCCUGCUGCUGAAGGUCCAGAACAGCCUGCACUCCCACCACCACCCGGCAAGGGAGAUGAUGAAAGACAUCAUGGGAGACCCGCAGAUAAACAACUACAACUUCUUCUCGAAAGUUGGCGCCUCCUCUUCUUUCUCAGGACCCCUGACAGUCACCCAGGACCUGCUUUCCACCUUCGGGCUGGACCUGCUGUUUUUGGAGGGAGGAUUCCUGAGGAAGAGCGUCUCUGAGUUCUCCCUGCUCAGCCGCGGCCGGCGGCUCCGCGCAGCUCAGGUCACCUUUGAAGCACAGGGGAUGGAGUCGAUGAUGGGAGAGAACGUCUCGGAUGGGGAAGAGGAGCCGGAGCUCAUGGCCGGGAUGUCUGUCGCCUUCUUCGACGUUCAGCUGCGGCCGCUCGUCUUCUUCCAGGGAUACGCAGACCUCAUGGCCAAGGCCCUCCUGAGCAGUGGAGAGCCCACAAGCGUGGUCAGAGGGAACCUCCUGCUGAUGGACCAUCACCAGGUCAUUCCUCUGCAGUCUGGCCUCCAAGUGACCAUCAAACUCCAGGGUGGGCUGGGGCUUGACAUUUCAGCUGACGUGGACGUGGGCAUUUGGGAGCAGGAACUCAAAACCGGCAUCAACGCGAGGGGAAGCCUCUCCAUGGAUUUCCAGGCAGAACUAGAUUCCCCUUUCCUCCAGGCCACCCUGAGGAGCCAGGCAGAGGUGGAGACCUCCAUCCACUUUGACACCACGCUGAGGUUUUCCAGCAGCCCCGUGCUCAUGUGCCUGCAGCUGAGAGAGGAGCAGGCCCCAUACAGAGAAAUCUUCACAGUUUCCAAAUCCGCCGGCAGCCGGAGCAGCACCGCUCGGAAAGGCAGGCGCGGCACCGUGCCCGGGAGGGAACUUGCCUUGCACCAAACCAACUCCGAGGUCUGCAACCUCCUGCUGACACCAGAAAAGGAAUAG